UUUACUUUGAUUUUGAAACGAAACGACCAUUACAGUGCACUACAGCCCAUUGUCAGAUUUACAGUCAUAUUCGAUUUUUUAGUGUCAAAUAAUUUCGAGCAAUUACAUUUGUUUUGGAAAAUGGGUCGUAAUAGGAAAGUGGAUAUGGAUCCAAUUAAAAGAGCUCGUAUAGAUAAGAUGCUUGAGCAGAGAAAACGAAUAGGAAUUAGGGAAACUUGUAAUGAGACAACAGGAGAACUUAUCAAUGAUGGAGUGAAACAAACCACGAGUGAGACACCAGAAAAAGUUAUGAAUAAAGAUUUAUUCGCAACAUUAUACCACAGUUCACAGAUUUGGAUUUCCAAAGUCACUUUCGUAUGUCACGGGCAUCCUUUACAGCUUUGGUUUCAUUUUGCCAAGAUCACAAGCUCCCGGAUUCAGCAGAGUUUCCACACCGUUAUAUAGAACCUCUGCCAAUGGACUAAAUGGUUUAUAUAACGCUGUGGUAUAUAGCAAAUCAAUGCACACAUCGAGAAAUAUCGCUUUUAUUUAAUCGAUCUGUUUCAACAAUUUGGUUAUCCGUCAAUCAGUGUACCAAAAUCAUCGAACUUCAGCUACAACAUUUCAUUAAAUGGCCAACAGGUGAAGAGGCCCCAUUGAUUGCAGAUGAAUUCCAACAUGUUGCAGGAUUCCCUGGUGUUAUUGAAGCAAUGGACGGUACUCACAUAGAAAUUGUAUCCCCCUCAGAAAAUCAGAAGGAUUUCAACAACAGAAAGAUGCGCCACUCCCUCAUCUUGUUAGCUGUUUG